GCCGUGGGCAGCAAACCCUAGGGGGCCCUUGGCGGAGCGAGAAGGGGUGUGGCGGCGUCGAUCACCGGUGAGUCCUGUGCCACAUCCUGACUGCUGUCUCGCAAAGAUCGCUGGUUAGAUCGCCCGGAGAGUCUAGGGUUUUGUCGCUCUCUCCCUGUUAGAUCUUCCUCAUCGCGCCACUAGCGUGAGCGGCGGCGUCACUGCACUGCCUGAUAGCGGUUUUGUGAAGCGAUUCACCUGACGCAGCGUUCUUAUCUCCAUGGGGAAGAAGAAGAAAAAGGUUUUUAAGGUGUGGUGCUACUACUGCGAGAGGGAGUUCGAUGAUGAGAAAAUCCUCAUCCAGCACCAGAAGGCCAAGCAUUUCAAAUGCCAUGUCUGUCACAAGAAGCUCUCCACUGCCGGAGGAAUGGUUGUCCAUGUUUUGCAGGUCCACAAGGAGUCCAUCACCAAGGUUCCAAAUGCAAAACCGGAAAGGGAGUCCACAGAGAUCGAGAUUUAUGGCAUGGAUGGAAUUCCUCCGGAGCUACUAGCUAAUCACGGAGAGGACGGUUUUGAUGACGACGAGAGGUCUGGGAAGUAUCCCAAGAUCGAUUAUGGUGCUAAUGCCUAUGGUAUGGUCUCGCAGCAACCAGUGUAUCCUCCGGUCCCCUCCUAUGGAGCUCAGCCGCCAAUGAUGCCUCCUCCUGCGACUUCACAGGGAUGGUACUCCAUGCCUAUGCAGCCUCAGCCUCCUGGUCCACCUCCUGUGGGGAGACCUCCACAGCCGCUGUUUCCAAUCCAGUCACAGACCCAGCUUCCCUCGCAACCUUUGUUUCCGAUCAAGCCAGUCACUCACAUCCCGCCCGCUUAUCCUGUUCCACAACCAGUGUCAGCCCCCUCGGACGUCGUUGCACCGCCAGUUUCUUUGCCACCGAUUACUCCAAGGCCUCCAGGAGCGCCGGCUGCGAAUGAAGUUUAUCUUGUCUGGGACGACGAGGCAUUGUCCAUGGAGGAACGGAGGCUUUGCUUGCCACAAUACCAGGUUGUUGACGAGACUCUCCAGAUGAAUUCUGUGGAUGCAGCCAUCGACAGGAGGAUCUUAGAAGGGAGACUGGCCGGAAGGAUGGCUUUCAAGGUAUAAAACGCGAGAAAGAAGCUCUUAGUCUAAAAUAACCUUUGAUUUAUUAAAUGGAAGAGUAAAACUAUUUGGUUCGUUUAGAACCGUCA